GCCUGGUGAAGCCGACAAGACAGUCACUUUGCGUCGCGUGUGCGUUAAAAUUUUGUCUUGAUCCAAAUCUUUGAUCAUCUUGGUUCGACAUGUCCAAAUUGCUAGCGAAUUGGGGCUAUUUUGGUUAUCAGAAGAGUGAGAUUCGAACUGCACUCGGCGUGUUUGGAGCAUUAUCCGGAGGAGAGGUAAUUAUUGUCCUCGAAAAUGACGAGGUGCUUGCCUUCGGAGGAAACCAUAAAGGGUGUCUAGGUGUUGGCAACGAACGUGAAGUGAAAGCGCUCAAGCGCAUUGAAAGUUUGUGUGGGCAAGAAAUCCAAGGUUUUGAAUGUUCUGUGUACACUGGCAAUGAAGGAGAUGAAAUCUGUCUGUUUGCAAUUUCUGGAUCUGGUUCCGUAUUCUCUUGGGGACAUAAUGAAGAUGGACAGCUUGGAUUAGGAACCACAAUAUAUACCAAAGUGCCCACCAAAAUUUCAAGCUCUCUGGAGCAGAAAAGGGUUGUCCAAGUGGCCUGCAGUGGUGACCAUACACUAGCGUUGACGUCGGAGGGAGAGGUAUACGCUUUCGGUGUGAAUGGUUUAGGUCAAUUAGGUUUGGGUUCUACAGUCCACCACUUCUUGCUCCCACAGAGGGUUGGCGGACUGCUGGAUGGGAAAAUUGUAACCUCAGUGGCAUGCCAAAAUAUUGCGUCUUUUGCACUACUGCAAUCAGGAGAGAUGAAAUUUUCAAAUUACUAA